AUGGCGAGGGCGUUCUGCGCCCGGCGACGGGUGGGGUUGCGGGUCGUGCUGCUGACCAGCCUUUUCUUGGCCUGCGCCUUCGCAUGGGUCGUGUCUCUGGAUGAGGCUGACACGGAUGCGGCGGCAGAGGCCCACGUGGAGGCGAGCCCGCGGCGAUGGAUGGACACGUACCUCGACGCGGCCUCCGCCCUGCUGCCGAACCUGGCCCCGCCCCCGGGCGGCAGUGACGGCAGCAAGGAGGAAAACCAGGCCUUUUGCGACAGUAUGGUGAAGAGGAUGUGGGAGGAGGUAAUUCCACUGCGCUACAAUGCUGCGUUUAAGGGCGCGCUUGCGUCCCACCGUCGUCGCCACAUGGCAGUCUCCUUGGGAAACCCCGAGGUAGGCCAGAAGUAUAUCGUUUGGUCGCUUAGUGGCGGUUUGGGGAACCGUAUUCAGUCGCUUACAAGCGUCCUACUCGCGGCGUUGUUGUCGGGGCGUGUGCUCCUAAUGAAGGACUGGUUUACCCCGCUGCGGCCCUCCGGGUCGCCGCCCAUUCGACCCACAUUGCUCCCGUUUGUGGCUCACGGGAAUGCAUCUCAGGAGGCCUUCCGUUACGAAAGCCUGCGGGAACUGUUUUGGUUUUCCAACAACGAACGCACUCCUCGUGUGGAAAAUGAGUUUAUGCUUUGCAGUCUGUUUCCCAUCAUGUCUCUCAGCCAGUUUGAGAAGCUCUACCCUGACGAGUUUCGACGGCCGGACAACUCAACCGAGGUUGCCGUUUUUAAGGAUGGCCAUGCCAAAAUUGACAUUCGUGCAGGUCGUGAUAAGAAGCUAAGCCUUUGGAAGCACUUUGCAUGCGAAGACAGUUCUGCAACUAGCGAGAUUGAUUUCUUCUCCCAUGAGAAAUUCAUCUACAUAUGGACCAAUCAAUACUUUGUUCCGCUCUUUUACGCGAACAAGCGCACGAGACCAAUUGUGCGUGCGUGGUUCACCAAGGAUCCAUUUCGAUCAUUAUUGCCGUUGAUAUUUCUUCCUGCGCGACCCGCAAUGUAUCGUGCUGUGCGCUUCAUGAGGUCGAACCCCUUGUUAAAACAACGCCAGUACGUGGGGAUGCAUAUUCGUCCGUUUAGGCGGCAUGAAACACGUCCUCUUGUUGAAUCCUUUUUCUAUUGUGUCAACCAUUUUGUUGCGCGAGCAACUGCGUCCCCGACAUUCUUUUUGGCCACCAUGUACCGUGAGGCGAAAGUGCACUUUAGUGUAAACCUGCUCAAAAAAGGGGCCCGUGUCGUUUCUCUCCAGCCGCACCGCAAAGAAGAGAAGCAGGGCACGGGGCAAGGCUCUGUUCCAGAGUGGGAGGCUCUCGCGGAUGUGGUAAUGCUAUCGCUAUCCAAUCAUCUUUUUUUGUCGCCGGCGUCGACGUUUGGGUUUCUUGCCGCGGCGGUUGGGGAAGUGGAAUUUGUCACCUUUGUCAAGGGAAGGAGCCGUGCUGCCGGCGGGUCGGAAGACACGCGCUGCGUCAGGGUGGACACAAGUGCUGUGACAGAGCCGUGCUUUACGUCGUGGUUUAGGCUGGACUUCAUCCGCAAUCGCCGUCAGCAAAUAGGAUGCGAGUUGGCUGAUUUACCCUCCUGGUCGCUUCGUUGUGGAACGGAUCCGUGA